AUGUGUCCAGCGUGGUGUGGCCACCAAAUCUUGACGCUCGCUCUGGAGAACAACAAGCUGCGCAAUGUUCCUGAGAACCUCCCGCCAACGCUCCAGAAACUUUGGCUCUCUGCCAACGACCUCACCGAUAUCAACGCUUUGGCCACGACUGGUCUCGAGCUUUUGGACAUUGCCAACAACAACUUUACGACGAUCUCCAACGUCGACUUGCGCUCGCUCACGACUCUGUCGCCAUGUCCGAACUCGCCGCGUUUUGUUCUUACGACGAUCGUGGAAUAG